CGGUCCGAGUGCCUAAACUUAACCCUUAAUUUAGAACAUUGACGUUUGAAGAAAUGGAACGAUACAGAGCAGCAGGAGCAACAAAAACACUCGACAUUGGAUGAAUGUCUAAUUCUGCAGUGAGACUGUGAGAGCUUGUUUCAAAUGCUCAAUGACUAUGGUUCAAUAACAUUUAGGCUAGAAGUCUAGUCUUGAAAGUGGCAAACGGAUUCAUAUGUAAUUCCCCGCAAUUUUACUCACCAUGUUACUUAGGGAGGGUGACCCACCUCUCACCCCCCUGCCAGUAUGUUCCUCUUUCACUGGUUCUGCGUCACCUGACUGAGCGCCAUGCAAAUCGCUUUGCUUCUAGAACGCUAUUGGCCGCUCGUGGCUCAUUUAACCGCUGUCAAGGCGCUUCAUAUGGCUGCCGCUUUAACUAACUUCUCAACUCCGACAGGGAAAGUGGCUCAAAUGCGCCUUCUGUCAGCGUGCAUGUGAACCAACAACCGGAGAGGAGAUAAAGCAUCCACGGGGAGAACAUUUCUCUGACACUCUAUGUAUUGGAUUAUUAAUUAAGUUUGCAUUUAAUUAUUUUUGUGGUGUAGGAUUGUUGUUCGCUCGUGUGCACCUGCUCUGCCGGACUCGCGCGCCGACUGAACCAGACUUUGUUUCAUCUGUUGGUUGAAAGUUUGAAAACCAGGUGAAUGUAUAGCAUGAUGAUGGAGACGGACCUCCAGUCCCCUGGACCCCAAACGAACACACAUUUGGGGCAAACGGGGCAGAACAGUGGGUCCAAAGCGAAUCAGGACCGGGUGAAGCGUCCGAUGAACGCGUUCAUGGUGUGGUCCCGCGGGCAGCGGAGAAAGAUGGCCCAGGAAAACCCCAAGAUGCACAACUCUGAGAUCAGCAAGCGGCUGGGAGCCGAAUGGAAGGUCAUGUCCGAGGCGGAGAAGAGACCCUUCAUCGACGAGGCGAAGCGGUUACGAGCAAUGCACAUGAAGGAACACCCGGAUUACAAGUACAGACCGAGACGGAAGACCAAGACGCUGCUGAAAAAGGACAAAUACUCUCUGGCCGGUGGCCUGCUCUCUGGGGCCGGCGGCGGUGGAAUGGGUCUGGGUGUCGGGAUGGGUUCAUCCGGCGUCGGCCAGAGGUUAGAGAGCACCGGGGGCCACGGGGGCUCCGCCAGCUCAGGCUACGCUCACAUGAAUGGCUGGGCGAACGGUGCGUACUCGGGGCAGAUGGCUGCAGCUGCUGCGGCGGCGGCGAUGAUGCAAGAGGCGCAGCUAGCUUACAGCCAGCACCCGGGCAGCGGGCACCACCACCACUCACACCACCACCACCACCCGCACAACCCCCAGCCCAUGCACCGCUACGACAUGUCGGCGCUCCAGUACAGCCCCAUCUCGAACUCUGAGGGCUACAUGAGCGCCUCUCCGUCCGGCUACGGCGGGAUCACCUACACGCAGCACCAGAGCUCUGGCGUCUCCUCCUCGGCUGCCAUGGGCACGUUAGGGUCGCUGGUGAAGUCAGAGCCGAGCGGUGUCCAGUAUGAUGACUGCCAUGGGGGACUGUCCAUGGAUCACCGUGGAGACCUGUGAUUGACAGACAGGCACUAGCCCCCGUCUGGCUGGCUGGCAGGCCGUCAUUACGAUGAGCAGGAGCAGAUUUUCUAUGCUGGCGACAGUACCGCACGGGAAAUGUCAACGACCAUCAGAGCCCCAGACAGACUUCCUCCCCUCCCCCAAGUACCUCACCUAAUGUCAGCUAAUGCCCAUGCUCGUCAUCCAGACCCUCGGUACCAUCAACGGUACCAUCAACACAGCUUCACAUACUUCAUCUACACUCAUUUACAAACCACAUGCACACAAAGCACUCUACCCCUGUAUACUUCGUCCAACAACUCAACACGCCUCACCCAAACCCCCACAUGGCUCACCCAUCCCUCACAUAUUUCACCCCAACCCCUAUGUAUCACCCAACAGCCUCACACCUCAUCCAACCACCACGGUACCUCACUCCUUAUGUGCGUCACCCAUCCUCCUUCCUUAUCCUUAUUCCCACAUACCUCAUCCCAAGCCCCACACAUCAGCC